AUGGCCGCAGCGAGCGCGGGGGGUAAGAUCCAGGCCGCACCCAUGGUCUACGUCGCGGGCGAGGAGAUGACGCGGUACACGAUGGACCUCAUCCUGGAGCGUUGGAUCAAGCCGCACGUCGACACGUCCGCGUGGGAGUUCUUCGACCUGCGCGCCAAGAACAGGGACGACACCGAGGAUCAGGUCCUCCGCGACGUCAUCUCCGCGGGCGCGCGGCUCAAGGCCAUCUUCAAGGAGCCCACGAUCACCCCCACCGCGGACCAGGUCAAGAGGCUCGGGCUCAAGAAGGCGUGGGGAUCGCCCAACGGCGCCAUGCGCCGCGGCUGGAACGGCAUCACCAUCAGCCGCGACACCAUACACAUCGACGGCGUCGAGCUCGGCUACAAGAAGCCCGUCUUCUUCGAGCGUCACGCCGUCGGAGGCGAGUACUCCGCGGGGUACAAGAUCGUCGGCAAAGGUAAGCUCACCACCACCUUCGUCCCCGAGGCCGGCGGCGAGCCAAUCGUGGUGGACGACCGCAAGAUCACGGACGAUCUCAACGCCGUGGUCGCGUACCACAACCCGCUGGAUAACGUCGCCCACCUCGCGCGCAUCUUCUUCGGGCGGUGCCUGGACGCCGGCAUCGUCCCGUACGUCGUCACCAAGAAGACCGUGUUCAAGUGGCAGGAACCGUUCUGGGAGUCGAUGAAGACGGUGUUUGACGCCGAGUUUAAGCAAAAGUUUUACGAGAAGGGCGUCAUGAAACCCGGCUCCGAGCUCGUCCACCUCCUCUCCGACGCCGCCACGAUGAAGCUCGUGGUGUGGACCGACGGAGGGUUCGGCAUGGCGGCGCACAACUACGACGGCGACGUGCUCACCGACGAGUUGGCUCAGGUGCACAAGUCCCCGGGGUUCAUCACCAGCAACCUGGUCGGCGUCGACGAUAACGGAACCCUCAUCAAGGAGUUCGAAGCCAGCCACGGGACGGUGACGGACAUGGACGAGGCCAGGCUCAGGGGCGAGGAGACCUCGCUCAACCCGCUCGGCAUGGUGGAGGGCCUGAUCGGCGCGAUGAAUCACGCCGCGGAUGUACACGGCGGAAGCUCCGGAGUGCACCCGUGGACGGGGAAGCUCAGGGCCGUGAUCCACAAGCUGUUCAGGGAGGGACGGGGCACGCGCGACCUCUGCGGCGCGGGCGGGCUCACCACCGAGCAGUUCAUCGACGCCGUCGCGGAGGAGCUGUGA